GGGGAACGCUGUUGGAUUUCAUUCACAAACGGAAAUCAAAAGGAAAAACAAUAAGUGAAAAGGUAAACGUAAUCCCUCCUUCAAAUUUUAAGUACUAGAUAAAACAUGAGCAGCCGAUCUGUAUCUGAUAUAUCUGUGUCUGACAUCUCUCUAUUGUGGACAUCUCUCUAAUACUGACAUCUCGCUAAUGCGGACAUCUCUUAAUUACGGACAUCUCUCUAUUACUGACAUCUCUCUAUUACGGACUUCCCUCUAUUACGGACUUCCCUCUAUUACGGACAUCUCUCUAAUACGGACAUCUCUCUAAUACAGACAUAUCUCUAUUACUGACAUCUCUCUAUUACGGACAUCCCUCUAAUACGGACAUCUCUCUAAUACAGACAUAUCUCUAUUACGGACAUCUCUCUAUUAUGGACAUCUCUCUAUUAUGGACAUCUCCCUAAUACAGACAUCUCUCUAUUACGGACAUCUCUCUAAUACAGACAUGUCUCUAUUACGGACAUCUCUCUAAUACAGACAUGUCUCUAUUACGGACAUCUCUCUAUUAUGGACAUCUCUCUAUUAUGGACAUCUCCCUAAUACAGACAUCUCUCUAUUACGGACAUCUCUCUAAUACAGACAUGUCUCUAUUACGGACAUCUCUCUAAUACAGACAUGUCUCUAUUACGGACAUCUCUCUAUUAUGGACAUCUCUCUAUUAUGGACAUCUCCCUAAUACAGACAUCUCUCUAUUACGGACAUCUCUCUAAUACAGACAUGUCUCUAUUACGGACAUCUCUCUAAUACAGACAUGUCUCUAUUACGGACAUCUCUCUAUUAUGGACAUCUCUCUAUUAUGGACAUCUCCCUAAUACAGACAUCUCUCUAUUACGGACAUCUCUCUAAUACAGACAUGUCUCUAUUACGGACAUCUCUCUAAUACAGACAUGUCUCUAUUACGGACAUCUCUCUAUUAUGGACAUCUCUCUAUUAUGGACAUCUCCCUAAUACAGACAUCUCUCUAUUACGGACACCUCUCUAUUACGGACAUCUCUCUAAUAUGGACAUCUCUCUAUUACGGACAUCUCUGUAUUACGGACAUAUCUGUAUGACGGUCAUCUCUAUAUUACGGACAUCUCUCUAAUACGGACAUCUCUCUAAUACGGACAUGUCUCUAUUACGGACAUCUCUCAUUACGGACAUCUCUCUAUUAUGAACAUCUCCCUAAUACAGACAUCUCUCUAUUACGGACACCUCUCUAUUACGGACAUCUCUCUAAUAUGGACAUCUCUCUAUUACGGAUAUCUCUCUAAUACGGACAUCUCUCUAAUACGGACAUCUCUCUAAAACGGACAUCUCUGUAUUACGGACAUCUCUGUAUGACGGACAUCUCUAUAUUACGGACAUCUCUCUAAUACGGACAUCUCUCUAAUACGGACAUCUCUCUAUUACGGACACCUCUCUAUUACGGACGGUGUCAAUUACAUUUAUCUUUCCUUCCGAAGGCCACCCGUUGGCAGGUAAAUCGCGUUUACAGGGGUUUCAGAAUGAUUUGAAGUAGGCGGCUGUACCAAAAAAGUAGCCGGUUGUGACUGAAAGUUAAAAAUUCGCGCGGGGAGGGGGGCGUGCCCUCGCAUGGAAAUUUAAAAAAAUUUCGCCGCAAACGGACCAAUCCCCACUUAACCAAAAUUUUGAUCUUAACAAGUCCAGACAAAAUUCCAUCAUAGCAUGAAAGAGCAUCACAAAAUUAGUAAUAUUCCCAAGUAUCGUUGCGAAAUUUUGUAAAAUGCGGAUAAUAUAUCCUUGGGAAGUUUGUAAUUUUCAGUCAUUUUGUAUUACGCACAGAAGUGGUAACCAUUUCCAGUUUGUAAUACAAAAUGACUGAAAAUAGAAAACUUCCCAAGGCUAUACAAUCCGCAUUUUACAACAUUUUGUAACGAAACUUUGGAAUAUUACUAAUUUUGUGGUGCUCUUUCAAGCUGUGAUGAAAUGUUUGUCUAUACUUGUUGAGUUCAAAGUUUUGGUUAAUUGGGGAUUGGUCCAUUAAAGGCCCGUUUACACGGGCGAUUUUUGCUGCGAUUUUAGGGCGAUUUUCUUCUUCUGAUGGAUGUGAAGGAGUGGAUAAGUUAUAAAUGUUCCAGGUUGUGAAAUUUCAUAACAACGUCAUUAAGUAAUCUACUCCUUCAUAUCCUCCAAAAGGAGAAAAUCGCAACUAAAAUCGCAGCAACAAUCGCUCGUGUAAAUGGGCCUUAACAGUCAAAUAAUAUAGAAAAACUAAAGAGACAAAGUACAACUGUUGACUUGUUAGAUUUAGAUGUCAUUUGCAUUUAUACUUGUAAGUGACAGUGUACUUUAAUGUGCUACUAGUAGUUUAAUUUUUACAGCUGCAUGAAGAGAAUGACAACGUACACUAUUAGUAUUAAUUUAUGAAUCCGAAAUUGUUAAUCAAAUGAUGUUAUACUAAUGUACGUACUAAUGAAUUUACUUCAUCACUUUAUCAUAAUUAGUUCACUGUCAAAGAAUUAGUCACUAGAAAAACAUUUGCUAAAGUAGCUCUGAAUCUGACUCGUUCUCUGGCUCACUGUCAAAUUCGGAUUCCCCAAUGCUUAAGUCACUGCCAGAGUCAAUCAGAGUCAUCUUCCUGUUCAGGAAGAUUCAGAGCCGCUGACCAUUUGCUGCGAAAUUUAAGAUGGCGACGAGAAAACAAAGAAUGUUUAUAUUAUCGCUUUUUCGACAGCAACUUAAGAAAGCAAGCUAUGUUUGGUACUAUGUAUUAUUGAUCUUAUUGAUCUUCCAGAAUAAGUGAUGUUUUGCUUGAAUUCCAAUUGGAACAUAACAAACAUCGUGUUGGUUCGCUUGUACAUAACAUAACGUAUAUAAAAUUUUCCCUGUGACAUGACGAAAAGUAGCCGGCGGUAAAAGUUCAAGUAGCCGGCGGAACUCCGCCGGCCGCCGGCUUAUUCUGAAACCCCUGCGUUUAGAUAAAUCAAUGUCAACUAUAGAGUCUCAUUUUCUACAAUUACUUUUUACUAGUCAAAACCUCAUUAAUAGUCAGUAAUCAAUAGUAUUUUGGCAAAUCAAAUUACGGAUACUUUGUGAUAUGGAGUGAAACUCCCCUCAUGCCUUUUAUAUACUGUAAAGCUUUUCUCUAUUGGGGUUUGUUUUAUGUACAUCUGCUAAUGCAUGAGUUAUUUCUUUUUUUAGAGAGUCCUAUAUUUAUUCUCGCAGAUUGCUGUAUCGCUAAGUUUUAUUCACUCACAACGUAUCCUACAUAGAGAUAUGAAAACAUCGAAUAUUUUCCUCAAUAAGACAUUAGAUGUGGUCAAAGUUGGAGAUUUUGGAAUAUCUACGAUACUUAACACCAACAUAAGCAAGGCUGUUUCUGUGAGUACAAUUAUUAGCAUGUCACAGUAAAAUUCCAUGCAAACUAACGCUUCACCACCAACUUACUUACUAACCCACUGAACAAGCUAAAGACACUCGUACCUUUACGCAAAAGUUACGAGUGCCUUCUUCGAGGAACAAACUGACAAUAGUCACUGUUGUAUUUUUAUCUUCUAUAAUGGAUUUUUUGUGUUUUGAAAGCCUUUUGAUUAAAAUAUAAAUGACAGCCGUGCUGUAUUGUUAUAGUAUAAGAUUGGUAAUGCGUACUUUUCGAGCGAGCGAAACCCUUGGUCGGAAAGUUAGAGAACUUCGAAGGCCUUUGCUCGAAACGUGCAAGUUCUGGCGACAUUUUUAGGUGGUUGCAUCUCUCUUAUAUAUAGAGCCGUUAUCGACGUUCCACCCAGUAUAAUGAAUUAACAAAUGUACAAUUUUUAGGCUGUAUAUUUUAGAUCUUCUAUUUUGAAACGCACAUUACUAUAACUGUACUGUAUGACCCAUUGCACUGACGUCACAAAUCCUUUGAGUGUCGUCCAGAUGCUCCCUAACAAUAUCUGUUCGGGUACAACAACCACAUUCAGCGCAAAAAUUAACCAUUUUAAUACAAAAUUAUUAUAAACUUUUAUAAAAUUUGAUUUGUUUACAAAAGUUAUAUCAUGCAUAGAUUGCUAAUUUGUUCUCCAGAUCACAGAAUAGAAAAUAGUCCAGAAGCCUCACUUAGCCAAAAUUAUGUCAAAGAUUUUUUAUGCGCGAGCCAGCAAGUGUAAUCACGACGCCAUCAAACGCGAGCAACGCCAUCAAUUGCCAUCACUAGGUAAUAAAGAUUGCUGUUUUAACCGUUUUUAAAUGCCCCUGGUCCAAAUAAUCCCCUGGCGUCAUCGCAACAGGAAGACACAACGUAAAAAACAAAAGCGUAAAAUAUUUGCACAAUAAUUGCAGAAUAUGCAGCGUACACUUUGAGCAUGUUUUGCGAAUUUCAAGAAAAACCGUUGAUUUGAGGAAUUGACGCUGACGAACGCUGACGUGAUGUUCGCAGCAAGUGUCACACACGUCAUCUAGCGUGCGAAAUUCGUGAUCCGCAAGGCAAAAAUCGCGGACACGAAAAUGUUAGGGAAAGGUGUACAGUGAGACUUCUGGUCUAUUUUCUAUUCUGUGUCCAGAUGCAUCGUCACCGGCGCUGUGAUGUCAUGUGCAAUGGGUCUAUGGUUAACAAUCAUUCACAGCAGUGGAGGUGAAUAGUGCAAGGAUUUGUAUUACAACUCCUGAGGAAAAUUCGUUAGAAAUAUUUUUAAAGAGUACCUGUACACACUGUUAAACAAAACGUUGUGGCUUUGUUUGGCGAUACUGCAGCUUCAUUUAGUACAAAAAUGUGCUCGUCUGUAACUCCGCCAUAACGGGAAGAUAUUAAUAAAGAUAUCAAAUUGCACGAAUAGCACUAUAUCCACCGUCUGAGUACAUAUAUGCUAAAUGUGCACGGUAUAUAUUAUUCAUUGCUUUUUCAUUGUGUUCAUUGUAUUUUGGUGUUGAAGAAAUUAGAAAUUAUCUAUUAUACGUUUUUCGUACAUUCUGUAUAUUGAAAGAAAGAUAGAUCAAUAUUAUAUUGAUUAGUUGAUUAUUCGUUCCAUUGUAUAUAUCAACAUUGAUUAUUUAAACUGUUUGAAUGAUGGAUAGAUCAAUAAUUUGAUUUAUAAUUUGAAUUUUCUUGUUAACUAUUUUCAGGUUAUUGGUACUCCCUCGUAUAUCUCUCCAGAACUAUGUGAAAAUCAACCGUAUCCUUUUUACCGUAUCUAUUUUACCCGUUUUAGUCAAUGCUUUAUCCUUUCAAUUUUCAUCUUGAACUUAACUUAUAUUCAGAUACAAUAGAAAGAGUGAUAUAUGGGCAUUAGGUUGCAUUCUCUACGAAAUGAUUACGCUGAAAAGGGCUUUUGAAGCUCUUGUAUGUACAGUAUACUGCAUUAAUUAGUAUAAUGAGAAUUGCUUUGAUAUGUUUUAUUGAAUAUUGUGGAAACUCGAAUCAGAUACUGUAAAGCUGGAGUUAUACGAGCAACAAAAUGGCUGCAACUUGCAACAAAAUCUGAUUUCAACGCAUGUUAAGUAGAAAUGUAAACACAUGUUGCCUUGUGAUUUGUAAUUUAUGUGUAAACAUGUGUAAACAUUUUCAAUUAACAUGCGUUGAAAUCAGAUUUUGUUGCAAGUUGCAGCAAUUUUGUUGCUCGCGUAAGGGCGCAAUUCCAGUCCUCGCACGAAGCUCCUCGCUGCGUGAGCACUUUCAUCCAAUCACAAUGCUUAUUAAGAGUUAAUUUUGAUUAUAUGCAAGCACUCGCAGCGAGCUGCGAGGAGCUUCGUGCGAGGACUGGAAUUGCGCCUUAACUCCAGCUUAAAUGACAAUUUUGUCAUUGUUAGAUAGGGCGCAUAUAUUUUCUUUGUUUUUAUUGUAAAAAAAUCCUUGGCCCUACACGUGGCUUGAACCCAUAACACGCCAGUACUGUAGAGCCUCGUUUUAGUGUAUCUGGACAUUAGUUAAAGCGUUUCCACCACGAAAACGAGGUUCUAUAGCCAAUGUGACGUACGUUCCGCUGCAGGACUCGAACCAUUGGUGAAAUGGCAAAAAUACUAAUUAUUAAAUAGAAACGAAAGUGUAUAGCUUAAAUGAGUUUUUAAAGAAAUUUUAAUUUCUGGUUUCUAUUCAUCUGACAAAAUGGAAUAAAAGGAAUACUGUAAGUUGCUGGUAUAGCAUUGUGUUCAUGUAUCAUCAAUAACAAAUCCUUCCCCCGUAAGUCAUCCCUUUCCCCCCUCUCCCCCCCCUCCCCCCUGCUUCUGAUGAUAUUUCUAUUUUUAUAUCUUGUCUAAUUUCUCCUACCAUAAACUAAGCAAACUGCGAGCACUGUAGAUGAUGUACCCUAAAUUACGACCAGUUCAUCUGCUUUAUGCAUUGAAACACGAGCGCUUAUAUGAAAGUUUGAAAAUUAUAUACCAAAUAGCUAAACAAGGUUUAACAUUAAAUUUCUGCUUUAGAUUUAUAAAGUAUAUGUAGAUAUUUAUUAUUCACAGUACACUACAUCAAUUGUUGACCUUACCCAACUCCUACUGAAAGAUCAUAUUACAGAAGUGUUUUAAAAUGUGUAUAUACAUGGUAUUUUGCUCUUUCGUUUGAAUAUACUGAGCUGAAUUUUCAGUUAAGUUUAAAUAUAUAUGAUUAAAAUUCAUGGAAAUACGAAUUUCAAAAAGUUUCAAUUUUUUUCUAAAAAGGUAUUACAAAUUUUUCUCUGUUCCCUUUGGAUAAAUUUCACCGUGAAAUCGCAGGAAAUGACCAGGGCCGUAACUAGACGCGAUAAUUUUUACGGUAUGUGAACAUGAUUAUAUGGUUGCUCAAUUUCCAAUUAUCGCGUCUAGUUACGGCCCUGGAAAUGACCAUUCCAGACUUCCAAAAUUCAUUAUUUUCCGGGGGAGCACCCUCGGACCUCCCUAGAAUAUGCGAGUCUCAGAGCAGGACUUGUCAAUGCUCAGCUGCGCCACUGACCUGAAAAAGUAAAAAUAUUUCCCUAAAAAGCGGGGAACAUUAUUUUACAAAAUCUUUCUAAUCUAAAAGGAUCUAUACAGUUUUGUGUUACAAAGUAAUAUUUAUUUUUGCUGACUUCACAGUUUCUGGCUUCACAUUUAUAUUAUGUCGUUUCUUUCAGAAUUUACCAGCGUUAGUAAAGAAGAUCUUGACAGGCGCUGUACCUCCAAUGACUGGAACCUAUAGUAAUGAGAUUAAAGACCUGGUGACUAGUCUUUUAAAUCGUGAACCAGACAAAAGACCAUCAAUAAAAGAAGUUCUGGCGAAUCCCUUGCUUAUCAAUACAUUCAUGGACUUACCAAUAAAUAUCGGCAGACCGAGAGGACUCAGGUAA